AGUGUCUCGUUUAAAAUGAUUAUUUAAUGUUAACAGGAGCAAUACCUUCUAAGGUAGCCUAUUCUCCUGCAGUAGUCGAUGACCUCGCUACCCCAACGGAUGUCCUGGAAGUUGACGCUCCGAGAUGUGGCCAGGAUUGCUAUGGAAGCAACAGCUGCAUGUCGUUUGCCUACGACGCAGCUAAAGGGCAGUGCAUGAAAUAUGGAGGCAACUACUUUGGGAAUUUCCAGAAUCACUCUGGAAAACGAUAUCCGAUGGACAUCCCUCUCUACACUCGUCCAAUGUACUUCUUUAAUCUGUCACAUGCUCUUGACCGGGGCUACAGAAUGGAUAGAGAGGCAGGACUGUGUUACAAGGUAACCAAUGGAAACGCGUCCCACGACGAAGCCGAGACUGUCUGUUCUAAUGACCAGGCCCGACUGCUGGCCAUCCAAACCACAACACAACUCAAUGCCAUACUGGACUACAUCAACUCUACUAACGCAGAAUCCAACUUUCCGUUACAUGUGGCUGGUUCUGGACCGGAAAUGACGUACUUCAACACAAAGCCGAUCCCGGAUACCUUGUUUUCCGUCAAUGGAACUAUCGCGCCGGGCAACUGUACCCAGUUAACCUCGACUGGCCUCUCAAACGGACUCUGCUUGGACACACUCUCCUUUGUUUGUGCUUACUGAUGUGGAAUCGUUCGCUGAAGAAGAACCAGUAGACUGGCCACCUGUCUCUAGGAUAUCCGAAUUUUGAAUAGAAAUAGGCUUUAUGGUUUUGAUCUCGAGGAUAUAUCAGAUAAAUACGGGGGAGAAAAUCAAGGAUUAACAUCUAGUGGAGCAAUUCUUAACCAGAAAGCUUAGGGGCUGGCGGCCAGUUUAGACAAGCAGUUUCGUUUUCCUUUCACCGUCCGGAUGAAACAUAUAGCCACUUCAGUCUUACUUGUUGAUCACUAUCACAUGAACCAUCCAUUCCCUGUUGAUCACUAUCAUACUAUCAUAUGAUCCGCCCUUCCCUGUUGAUCACUAUCACAUGACCCAUCCCUUCCCUGUUGAUCACAAUCACGUGACCCACCCCUUCCCUGUUGAUCACUGUCACAUGACCCAUCCCUUCCCUGUUGAUCACAAUCACGUGACCCACCCCUUCCCUGUUGGUCACUAUCACGUGACUCAUCCCUUCCCUGUUGAUCACUAUCACGUGACCCUACCCUUCCCUGUUGAUCACUGUCACAUGACCCGCCCCUUCCCUGUUGAUCACUAUCACAUGACCCGCCCCUUCCAUGUUGAUCACUAUCACGUGACCCACCCCUUCCCUGUUGAUCACUAUCACAUGACCCGCCCAUUCCCUGUUGAUCACUAUCACGUGACCCACCCCUUCCCUGUUGAUCACUAUCACGUGACUAAGCCCUUUCCUGUUGAUCACUAUCACGUGACACACCCCUUCCCGGUUGAUCACUGUCACGCGACCUACCCCUUCCCUUUUGAUCACUGUCACAUGACCCACCCCUUCCCUGGUGAUAUCUAUCACAUGAUCCACCCCUUCCCUGUUGAUCACUAUCACAUGACACACUCCUUCCCUUGUGAUCUGUAUCACGUGACCCGCCCUUUCCCUAUUGAUCAAACACCACCCCACCUUACUUUCCAACAUGGAUACAAUGCUUAGAAACAUAAGUGUUACAUUGAGUCUAUCAUGUUUUGUGUUAAAACGUGGGUGUGGUUAUCUAUAUAUAACUAGCUUGAUAAAGAAAAUACGGAUGCAUAUUUUAUUUUAGCUCGUAUAUAUUCUAUUUCAACCGACCUUUAUUGUUUCUUAGACUUGUCGACAGUGCAAUAAAAGGGAGGUUACUGGUACUUUCUUGAUUAUAUAUGAAAAAGAGAAGUUUAGGUAGAGUUACAAUACUUACAAUGCCAUUAAAGCGAUAGGGUUUCACUCGUACCACCAAGCUAUAUAUUGAAAUGUUGAUCUCAUCCAACACCUUGAGUAUCCGUUCAGAUACAGCGACGUUAGACUAGAUAGCUACGUUUACACAUCUUAACAUAAAUACAAUAUCUAAAACACAAAAAAGAUAAUGUCACCAUAUGUGUAAACAGACACGUCCAUAUGAUAAUAAAAAAUGGAUGAAUUAUGUGAAGGACUAGCUCAUUUAUACUGGCAGAGCUAUACAGUUUAUGACAAAUAUAAUAGACGAACA